AUGCGUGCCACGUGUGAAGCUGGAAUGAACAUUGACGAAUCAAUGCUAAGUCGUACAGCUUGCAUGGAUAUGAAGACUGAAAUGAUCUAUGUUCUUGAUACCAGGGUACCUUUCUGCAAACUGCAGAUAAUGAAGGAAAUGCCAGUUGUUGCCUCUGUAUUCUGCGCUAGAACUAGAGGGUACAUUACAGCUGAGACGGUCUUCUCUGCUGUGAAUCGAGGCCAGCAAACGAUCUGGAAGUACCGCUGGUGUUUUCCCAUGGAGGAGAGCGAGGGUAACAGUUCAGCUGCAUUCCUCAUUCUGGAUUCACAUCAGACCAGUCCUUACACAAAACAGGAACUGCGAGGGAAGCUACAUGUCAAGGGAAUCACCACUGCAUCUGGUGAUCAAAAUGACAGGAUUAGGGUCAAGGAUCAGAAUUUGACACUUAUCUCCGAUACCCAGCAGACAUUGCUUCAUGGAAUUAUGUCAAGGAAUAUAUCAUUCUUCACUGUCAGAAAUCACUCAUCAGACAUGCGGCAUAAGGGCACUGGUUUGCGGACUGACGACAAUAAAGAACUGGAGAGCUCUGUGAAAGUGCCAGAUGCCUUCCUGAUAGAAGAGGCGGACUUCUGCCGGCGGCGUCCUCGCCUGCAGGUGAUCGCGUACGUCCACUCGGCCAUCAGCCGCGUGCAGGAGAGGCAGGAGACCCGCUCCACCUGGGCCAACGCCACGGCGUCUGGCCUCGGCGUCGACAUCGCCGCCGUGUUCAUGGUGGGACGAGCCAAGGGCGAGAGGGAGAGGCAGAUCGUUCAGGAAGAAAGCCAGCGCUACCAUGACAUCAUCCAGGUGAGAAUGCAGCACCACGAUUCCAGGCAGGGCGAUUACGUGGAUCAUUACCGCCAGCUGUCGCUGAAGGCGCUGUCGUCUCUUGCCUGGGUACAGCAUCACUGCCCUCAGGUUCCCUGGACGCUGCACGCAGACGACGAUGUUUUCAUUGACGUUUUCUUGAUGAAAGGCAUCUUGCAAGAUUUCCGAGCAGAAACUACGGAGGCGUUUUUGUGCAACAGCGAAUGGAGCCGGACGCAGCGCUCGGGGCGGUGGGCCGUCUCCCACGACGAUUUCCGCAACGACGAAUACCCAGUGUUCUGCAGCGGCGCCGCCUGGGUCCUGCCGACUCGACUUCUGCCACGGCUUCUGAGAGCGUCCCAGACGGCCCCCUUCCUGUGGGUAGACGAUGUUUACAUUACCGGAAUUUUGGCUAGACAUGCCGGCGUCACACAUCUUGGCACGGGUUACAAGGCCAAGCAUAUCCAGCCCUCAGAUGUUGGGGAUGUUAUGGUUUGGUAUAAUGUAAAAGAUGACAGAAGAAAAUGGUGGAAAAAAUUAACACGUUUCUAUAUGAAAACAUUAAAGAAAGAGUAAAAUCAAUGUAUAUUCUCCAUAAGAUUGCAGUUCAGCAUCAUCGUUAAGCCCUUAAUGGCUGUUAAAGUAUCUAUAUAAUCCCUGAUAUUCAAAUUUGCUCAAUGCAACACUAUUAUAUACCUAGGUGCAAUAAUCUGGGAGGUGGCAGUCGCUGAGAUGCGUCUGAUCUUCAUGAUAUAUUUAUGAGAAACUGACAGCUUUCCUUUUUGUUCUGUUUUUAUUUGCUCUGUAUAUAAUUUAGAUGUCCUAAUUAGGUUCAGUGUGUGUGUAUGCGUGUAAAAGCGAUUCAUUUCACAGUUUACAUCAACUUUGUCUAUACUGCUUAUGGUUA